AUGGGUAAAGCCAAAAAGACUAGAAAAUUUGCCGCUGUCAAACGUACAUUAUCCAAAAAGGAUCCGCGUCUAACGCAAAACAAAUCAGUCAACCCCAACCAACUAUCGAAACAAUCACAACAAAAGGAUCCAGAAUUGACCCAGCAUGUACCACAAGUGUCGUCGGCGCUUUUCUUCAAAUUCAACGAGGCUAUCAAGCCGCCAUACCAAGUGUUGAUCGAUACGAAUUUCAUCAACUUCAGUAUCCAAAAGAAGAUUGACAUUAUACGAGGCUUGAUGGAUUGUUUGAUGGCGAAAUGUAUACCUAUAAUCACCGAUUGCGUUAUGGCCGAAUUGGAGAAGUUGGGGGCCAAGUACAGAAUAGCGUUGAAGCUAGCCAAGGACCCACGCAUCCAACGGUUGAGCUGCAGUCAUCCGGGGACGUAUGCGGAUGAUUGUCUUGUUAAUCGAGUGAUGCAGCACAAGUGUUUUAUAGUGGCUACGAAUGAUGCUGAUUUGAAGAGAAGGAUUAGGAAAGUUCCUGGUGUGCCGCUUAUUAGUGUUGGUGGACAUUCCUGCUACAAAGUCUCAGUCAUGUACGACAAACCAUAUCAUCAUCGGAACCAGUCAGCCUUAGAGCCCAGAAGCUACCAUAAUUUCAAAAGUACACCAAAACCAAUAACACCAGCAAAAGCACAAGCACAAGCACAAGCAAAAGCAAAAGCAAAAGCACUGGCAACUUCUUCUUCAUUCAUCAAACGGAGACAAACACCCAACUUGACAGCCUCAGUUCCAACUGCAUCACCUACAACUCAACCACCAUUGACUCUUGAUGCCAUCUUCAUUCAUUUGCAGCAAGUACAUUACCAUUUAGUAGAUUUCGCACCUAUAAAAUUGCCACCCCCAUAUCAAAUAACUUUGAAUCAUGCUCGAAAUUGGACAAGGAAGCAAGAGCAAGGAGAGGGAGAUGUAAUGGCAAAAGUCAUGAAAGAUAUGGGUAUUUCCAAGAAAUGGAAACAAACGUCAUUACCUGUAUCGAGACCAGUCACUGCAACUGCCACCACCACCACCACCACAACAACAACAACAACAACAACAACAAAAUCAAAAUCAAAAUCGACAAUAACUGGCACUCCGCGGACUGGUGUUUCUGGUAUUUCCUUUGAAUCGAAAUUUUACAACUUGCUAAACCAGUAUAACUUGUUGAUGGAGUUGAUACUUGCCAAAAACAAUGAUAUCAACAUGCUCAAAUUCAAGCUUUGUAGUUUGAUCAAUACCGUUGCAUUGAGACUAGAGAACUUGGAUCUGGGGGAAGGCAGAAUUGGAGAAUUUGAAGCCCCAAUGCAGCAAGAAGAUGGAGUAGAAGGAGGUGAGUUUGACAUUGGUGAAAGUUUCGACGAGUCCUUUUCUAAUACUGCCAAUCUUGGUGAUCAUCAUAGUGAAUCUAAUUUCCAACGCAAGAUGGAUGAGAUCAGUCGGGAAUUGAUGGAGAUUUUCAAUCCUCAAGAAGAGUUUGAGUCAGUAACUGCUGAUUCAACUACAAUUGAUUCAUAUAUCUUACGCAAGAACAAGGCCAACAGUUGA